AUGAAUCCAAAAGGCAAAAGCACAGAGUGAGAUGCAAUUAUUCAUGUCAUGGUUUUCUUUCUAAGCAAGUGCGAAAAGAAAUUCUCUCCCCCAAAAGCAGAAAAAGGGAAGGGAUAGAAAGCAUAAUAUAAACAUCACUUGCUAUAAAAUUUUCAGGUGACUGAUUCCCACUCUCAUUGUGCCAAGCAUCAAAGAAAAGAUCCUUCGCUUUCUCUUAACUAUUUCUCUCUCUCGCUCUUUAUUUCCUUUCUCUCUCUUUAUCUUACUCCCACUUCUCCAACUUUCUCUCUCUAUGAUCAGACACCAACUGUUAUAGAGGGAGGGGGGAGAGAGAGGAUUAACCAUGAAAAACACCAUUAGAUGCUGCAUCUCUUGCAUUCUACCAUGUGGAGCUCUCGACGUAAUUCGCAUAGUACACUGCAAUGGCCACGUGGAAGAGAUCAGCGGGACAAUCCGAGCCAGCGAGAUUAUGAAGGCCUACCCUAAGCACGUCCUAAAGAAACCCUCUUCUUCAUCAGACGAGGGUUGUGUACCAAAGAUUGUGAUAGUCCCCCCGGACGCAGAGCUUCGACGCGGAAAGAUAUACUUCCUCAUGCCGGUACCUUCAAACCCGGAAAAAAAUCGAUCGAGAUCAUCAUCCACGAGAAAGAAAAGAAGAUCAGAGCCCAAUAACAACCCCAACAACGCUACGUCAAUGACAAAACCAUUGAUAUCGGAUCAGUACUUGAGUGAAAUACUCUCGGAUCAGAAGCUUUCCACGCAAAGGGAUCGCAGCAGGCGAGACCGUGUUGGGGUAUGGAGGCCUCACUUAGAGAGCAUUUGUGAGUCACCAAGUGAUCAUGUUUGACGGCGACCGGAGUUUGAUUAUCUUCUCGUGAUUCAUUUAAUUUAGGCAUGUGCAAGAAAAAAUAAUGCGAUAUUCUGUUAGGGUUUGGAAAUGGUGGCGAUGAUAUGAACAGUUUUGUCUGGUAGGAAUUCGGCAUCCGAUAAGAUCGUAAUUACGCUACCAUUACCGGAAUUCGGAUUGUGAUGUCCUGAAAAAGAGGUAGAGGGAACUCCAAAGCAUUGUGGGGUUCUUUUUGUUAUAUAUUGAAAGAGAGUGAUCACCAGGGGAAGAAACUGUUUUUGAGGUAGACCCACUUCUACUGUUCACUGUAAAUUUCGCACAUGAAUAAUUAUUGGAAGGUGAUUGCUCUAUCAUGAUCAUUGUAUGAUCUUAUUAUGUGGACGGAUCGGACUAGUUUGGCCAUUCAAUAUUAGGCAGAAUUAAUGUUGUGGUUUCCAAA